CGUGAGGGUUACAGCGAUGAAAUACUUAAUGUUUUGGAACGGGAAUUCAGCCAAAACCAAUAUAUAAAUCGCUUUGAUAGGGAGCGAAUUGUAAAUGAAACCAGCCUGACUAGUCGUCAGGUUAAGUACUGGUUUCAGAACCGUAGAGUGAGAGAAAAAAAACUGAGG